GAUGUGGGCCAAAUUCAUAAUAGAUAAGGAACAUAACAUUAAACAAAGAAAUAAGUUUAACAUGUACGAUUGAAUGUGAAAUUGGAUCUGGGAAUGGGAAUAUCUAGAGAAGCAUUGAAUCAUAUGCAAUAUAUUGAAUCAUGACAUGUUUUUUUAAUGUUAUCUAUUGUUCUCAGAAUGAUGAGAUUCCUAUUGGGUGGCCAUUUGGUCUUGGUAUUCUGAAUAUGAGAUUAAGAGUUGUGGAAUCACUUCCGGCAAAUAAUGUUUCAGCUGAGCCAUACUCAUUGUCACUGCAUAUUCCUUCCACAAGUUUUUCUUCAGUUUCUUCCUCCAACCUUGAUACUGAGUCAACAGCAUCAUUCUUUAAAGACAGCAGUGUAUCCCUCGGGCAUCUGAUUGGAAUCAGACCAGGUGAAAGAAAACGCUUAUACUUCACAAACCCACUAAGAUUAGAAGAAAAAGAGCAAAAACCUUGUUCUAAUGAUACCUCUAAAUCACAAGAAGUUGACAUGUCCUGUGGAAUCUGCAUUCCCUCACUACUUGAUCCUCUGCUAAUAAAGAUUAGCAAAAGUAAGAAAAACUUAAGGAACUAGUAGAGCAUGUGAUGGUGUCUGUGCAAUUAUGGGAUCAGUUUCUACUAGCUACUCAAAUAAUUAUUAACAAAAUAAUUGUUAUAUUGUUUUAGCCAAUUUUUCCAUUCUGAUAUUCACAAGUUUGAUGUAACUUUGUUUUUAUUUUAACCAUGGGAAUGUAAUAAAACCGAGUUUGACAUAUGUGUAAUUCUAUAAACGAUAUUUACUUAUAUAUUCUAAAAAAUAUGGUUGCGAGUUAAACAAUA